CUAUGUAGUGCUCUUACACAGGGAUCAGAGAGGCGUUUAGAAUUCGGCCUACGCUUGUUUUCGAAAGUUUCACACUCGCCUGCGUUUGAUCCUGCCCCCUUUACUCAACCUUUAGUGAAGCGGAAGCCUUGUUCUUUUUAAUAUAUUCAAUUUCCCCUUUAAUUUCAGACUCUAUUUUAAGAAGACAUGGCAAUUACCACGGAUUAUAUUCGAGAAAAGCUGAUAGCAGAAAUUGGUGCAGUACACGUGGAAGUCGAAGACACUUCUCCCAAUAGAUGUGCUACGAGUUUUAAGGUGCUUGUAGUGUCACCCCAGUUUGAAGGAAAGCCACUGUUGCAGAGACACAGACUGGUGAACGCUUGUCUUGCUACUGAGCUGAAGGAGAUACAUGCAUUUGAGCAGAAGACCUUAACACCGGAACAGUGGGAAAAGCAGAAACAGCAAUGAUGUCCUGUAGAUACAUAUCCAGUGUUUGGCACCUCCAAUACUAACGUUUGAUUGAUGUUUGCUUUAUAUAAGUAUAUAAGUAACAAGAAAUAAAUCUCAACUUACCAUUUUAA